AAACAGAACAAGAGCGCAUCACCAACCCCAAAAAGCACGUUCACUCUGGAUUUUGCUGUGCAAACUGUGAUUUCUCUGCACUUUCCACCCUCCGAAUUUGACCUUUCUCGACGCGAUUUUGCAUUAUCAAGUGCUUCUUGAAACCAUCCCUCUUCUCCCACUCUCUUGGGCUCUUAAAAUCGCUCUUUUUUCCCGAGUCUUUCUGAACAUUCAGUUUAUUCCUCCAGGGAGAAAUUAGUUUGUUUUCAGGUCACACAGGAUUGUUGAUUCUUUUUUUCGUUGAGCACUUUACUUUAAUCUGCCUCUGACUCUAUUCUGCUAGAAGAGAGAGAAUGUUGGGUUCAAAGAAAUCUCCUUUGAAGGUUGCAAAAACUAGAUCUGUUGAUCCAGUCUAUCCUGUUAAAUCUGGGAUGAACCCAUUUGAUUCUGAUGAUGAGGCAACGGAUAACAAGUAUAACUCCUCUAGGAAGACGUCUUCAGAACGCGCACUUGUUACACUGGAAGUUAACACCAACCCUUUUGAUGAUGACAUUGAUGCUAAAAAGAUAUCUUCAUCAACUUCGUAUGCCUUUCAAUCAGCCGACAGGAACAGGUAUAAGAAUGAUUUUCGUGAUUCUGGUGGAUUAGAGAAUCAAUCAGUGCAAGAAUUGGAGAAUUAUGCUGUCUACAAGGCUGAAGAGACUACAAAAUCAGUCAACAAUUGUUUGAAGAUAGCAGAGAACAUAAGAGAGGAUGCUACCAAGACUUUAGUCACCCUUCAUCAACAGGGUGAGCAAAUUACCAGGAGUCACCAUGUUGCUGCUGACAUUGAUCAUGAUUUGAGUCGGGGAGAAAAGCUCUUGGGAAGCCUUGGUGGUCUCUUCUCUAAAACUUGGAAACCAAAGAAGACACGUGCAAUAACAGGCCCUGUUAUUGUUGGAGAUGACCCGGUCAGGAGAAACGGCAACCACUUGGAGCAGAGAGAGAAGUUGGGAUUGACUUCUGCACCACCCAAAGGGCAGUCCAAGCUGCGGAACCCACCUCAGGAACCAACAAAUGCACUUGAAAAAGUUGAGGUGGAAAAAGUGAAGCAAGAUGAUGCACUGUCAGAUUUAAGUGAUCUGUUGGGAGAGCUUAAAGAGAUGGCUGUUGACAUGGGAUCCGAAAUUGAGAGGCACAACAAAGCCCUCAAUCAUCUUUACGAUGAUGUGGAUGAGUUGAAUUUCCGAAUGAAAGGUGCUAAUCAACGUGGCCGUCGUUUGCUUGGAAAAUAGGAUUGAUUUCAAUAUUUGUAUUCUUCUCAUCAUUGUUUUCUUCUAUAAUGGAUCCCAUCAUCUGGAUUAAACACAAUCAUUUCAUACUUCUGAUUCUCUUUACCGAUUUAGAUACUCUUAAGUUGAAAAGUAAUAUAGUUUUCUCAUAUUAGAGAGAUAAACACACAUUUUUUAUUUAAUGAAGACUCAUUACAAUUAGCUAUAAGAUUUAUUCAUUAAAUUUAAUCAAAAAUUAUAUCUUUAUCUCUCAAAUAUCAUCUUGUCCUGUUAUUCAAC